AUGCAGAGCUUCCUGAUGCUGCUGAAGGAGCACGGGGACACGUGCCCUCCUCCUGCGGAGCUGGUGACCCUCGCGGGCAGGCUGUGUCGGGACCUCCAGGAUGACCUCGCCCAGGUGCAGCCUUUGGUCACCAGCAUUCUGGACAGCCAGCUCCGUCUGCAUUUCCUGGACAACGCAGACGUGGCCCUGGUGUGCGCCCAUGUCCUGGCCCAGCAGGAGCAGCAGCAGGCGGCCUGCCGGCUUCUGGAGGGUUGCCGGGUGCCCGGAGGCAGCCAGGAGCUGGUGCAGCUCUGGAACAACAUCCAUUACCGUCUGGUGAUGAGGAGGCUGGGCGUGUCUGCACUGACCCCGGUGCAGAAGUUCCGCUGCAGGAAGAGGAACCCUCCGCCCCCCUCCCUCUGCCCGGAGGGCCCGAAGAGCCGUAACUUCCCCGGAGAGGUUCGCCAGAAGCUGCACGCCUUCGCCUCGGGCGUGAGCGCCAACCCCAGCAAGGCGCAGCGGGAGAACUUGGCUUUGGAGACGAGCUUGACCGCUGAGCAGGUGUACAACUGGUUUGCCAAUUACCGGCGGCGCCAAAGGGCCCUUUUCCAGCGCAUGGAGCCAGCCCAGCAGGCCACCGCAGAAGACCCCAGUGCAAGGCAGAGGGGUCCUGAUCCCCUGCACUCCUCGGGCGACCCUCGUGUUGACCCUGGGUUUGCGGACAGACCUCAGUGGUCAGCAGGAGGUGAGGAAAAUAGGCCUCCACAGUCCCCCGAGAACACCUCAGGACUGUGGGAGCUGCAGGCCCUGGUCCCAGACGUUCCUAGAGAUGAGACAAUCUCAAAGCCACUGGCUCCCAGGUCUCUACAGUGUGGGGAGAUGUACCAGGAGGGGCCUGGCCAUGAUCCUGCCACCCUCCCCCUCGUUUGCCCUGGCUCUCGCCUCUGUCCUCUGGCUGCCAGCAGUAACAUGAUGGACACCUCUCUGGCUGCGCCUGAAUCGUGGCUGAUGUCUCUUGCAAUGGCAUCCUCCAAGGAAGUUUCCUUCCAGACGGGGCAACUGGCCCAUCAUCAUGGGCUGGACUACAUGAUGCACCCCGCAGACGCCACUGUGUCAGUGUCCUUCGCCACCCUCGGUGAUCCCAGGCCUACAGGAAUUUCUGACCCACCCAGUGGCCAUCCCCAGAGCAUGUACCUGGAGGAAUGUCAAGGCACAAGUGGAGGACGAGCACAUCUACAGUCGGGUGACUUCCUGGUGACACAGCCCCCGCUGCAGGCUCCUGACCUCAUCCUCACCCAGAGUCCCCUAGAGCUGGCGCCAGCCCCAUCCACCUUCCAGGGCUCAGGGUCUUCCAUGGAGCUGGACCAGCCCCUGCCCUCCAGCAAGGUGCAGUGGCCUGAUGGCCAGGUCUCCUGUGAUGCCUUCUGGGGAGCCAGGAUGCUCCUUGAGUUUUCAGGGGGCAGCCUGGGCUGA